AUGGUAAAACUAGAAAAAUACGGACCAGCAUUUACCCCAGAGCUGCACCCUUUUUGUAAGCUGUACCUCAUCCUGAGCUUGGACAGUGUCUUGUAUUUCCUGCUAGCCAUCUACUUCGAUAAGGUUUUGCCUGGCAAGUACGGGGUCCCACAUCCUCCUGCCUUCUUCCUGAGACCCUCCUACUGGCUCAGGGGCAGCAGUGGGUCCGUGGGGGUGAGAGCUGGCAGCAGCCACGACCCCGUUCUCGGCGGUGACACUGAGCCGAUGCCGCCGGGCUUCGAAGGCAAGGAAGCCAUCAGACUAAACAAUAUUAAAAAAAUAUACAAGAAGAACAACAAGAGCACCGAAGCUUUAAAGGGUUUGUCCUUAAAUAUCUAUGAAGGCCAGAUCACAGCACUGCUGGGUCACAGUGGGGCUGGGAAAACUGCUCUGUUAAACGUGCUCAGUGGAUUUUCCAAGCCUUCAGCAGGCUCUGCCAUGAUCUACAACUACAGUGCUUCUGAAAUGUGGAAUAUGGAAGGAAUGCAGGAAAGGAUUGGGAUUUGCCCCCAAAUUAAUUUGCAUUUUGAAGCCUUAACAGUGAAGGAAAACCUGAGAAUUUUUGCUCACAUCAAGGGGAUUCAGUGGAAGGGAGUAGAUGAAGAGGUGCAGAAAGUUCUCGUCAUGAUGGACCUCACCGACGCUCAGAAUGUUUGUGCUGAUGCCCUGAGUGGGGGACAAAAACGAAAACUGUCCCUUGGAAUCGCAAUUUUAGGGGAUCCCCAGGUGCUGCUCCUGGACGAGCCCACGGCAGGGCUGGAUCCCUGCUCCAGGCACCACGUCUGGAGCCUGCUGCGGGAGCGCCGCGCCGGGCGCGUGACACUCGUCACCACCCAGGCCAUGGAGGAGGCCGAUGCUCAGGCAGAUCGGAAAGCUUUCCUCUCCUGUGGGAGAUUACAGAGCGUUGGCUCAUCUCUCUACUUGAAGAGAAAGUGGGGAAUUGGCUAUCACUUAAGGAUGCAGAUAAAUGACCUGUGUGACCCAGAGCUUGUGUCGUCCGUGGUCAGACAGUACAUCCCUGAUGCUGUGCUCCAGGGACAGAGGAGGGAUGAGCUGUGUUUCAGGCUGCCUCUGGAAAACACCGACAGCUUCCCAGGUCUGUUCAGCCACCUCGAGAGCAGCCUCUUGCAGGGGGUUGUUCACUACGAGGUGACCAGGACAACCCUGGAAGAUGUUUUCCUGAGGCUGCAGGGUGAGGAAGCCAUCGAUCCAGAAGGAGAUGGAGACCUCGAGGAGAGGGACCAGAACCUCCCGGGGUUCUCCAAGCAGGGGAUGCUGGCCAUGAGUGGGAUGAUGCUCUGGAGGCAGCAAGUGUGUGCUGUGCUGAGAAUCCGCCUGCUAAGACUGAGGCACGACGCAAAAUUCCUCAGGAGCGUAUUGCUGUUAUUUGGAACAUUUAUCCUUCCACCACUGAUGGUUUUAAUCCUGUUUCAUCUGUGGCACAACUCCAGCAGCUGGGAAAUCACCUCUAGCCCGUAUUUUCUUCCCACAAAAGAGAAAAUUCAAAAUAGGUCUACAAACCUCCUCAUCUUCAAUGACACAGGAUCAGAAAUCGAGGAUUUCAUUGCUGCUUUGAAGACUCAAAACAUAACCCCAGAAAUAACCCAGGAGAAAAACAUCACAAGCCUUCCAGAUUAUAAUGGAGCAAUAAAAAUAUCCCUGGAAGGCAAGAGCCACCAGUUCACGGUCAUGUGCAGCCCAGAGCCCAUCAACUGCUUCCCAAUGCUGAUGAACAUCCUCAGCAACACCUUCCUCAGGCUCUUCCAUUCCACCGCGCGCUUCCGCGUCUGGAGCCAGCUCUUCUACACGGGAGAAAACACAGAGCUGAAGAAUUACAUUUUUUUCGGCUUAUUCACCUACCUGCUGGUUCUGGCUGCUGGUUUGCCUCCUCUCUUUGCCAUGGGCACCGUGGAGGAUUACAAGCUCCAGGCUCGCUCUCAGCUGCGGCUCGCGGGGCUCUUCCCCUCGGCCUACUGGUGUGGGCAGGCCCUGGUGGACAUCCCGUUCUUCUGGAGCCUGAUGUGCCUCAUGUUUGGGCUCCUGGUGCUCUUCACCCGCAUCUGCCCCUUGGAGGCCAAAGCCGUGCUGACCCUGCUCAUUUGCCUCUUUGGUUAUGGAAUAUCUCUCGUCCUCUUGGUUUAUUUAAUGGCCUUCAAAUUCCGCAUGGGACGGAGCAAUCGCUUCGUUUGGUCCUUAACCUUCAUUUUGGUGAAUUAUGCUGCUUUUAUGAACAGUGACCAUAAUGAAGCACUUUACUACAUCUGUAUGCUGAUUCCUGUGUUUCCACCUGUGGGCUGGAUCAUGUUCUCUGGACUAAAUUUCCUCAUAUAUAAUGAUUACACAAUUUUUGAGACAUGGAAUUACAUCUACAUGCCUGUCUUUGCGCCGUACAUCCACUGUGUGAUUUUCGCCUUCCUCCUGCGCUGUUUGGAGAUGAGAUAUGGAGAAGCAGUCCCAGGAUUUGAUCCCGUCUUCAGGAUCCAGCAGAGAAGAGCGGCCACCCAGCAGAACAAGGAGCUCCCUGCAGAGGAACCCCCCGAAGUGCAGGCGGAGAGGGACAGGGUGCGGAGCGCGAUGGCCUCGCUGCAGCAGGAGGAGGACUUGGUUGUUGUCAACAGUUUGCGCAAGGAAUUCGAAGCCAGGACAGCCACUUCCAUCUUUAAGAAAAAGAAGAAACUUGCUGUCAAAAACCUCUCUUUUGGUGUUAAAAAAGGAGAAGUGUUAGGUCUGUUAGGACCCAACGGAGCUGGGAAAAGCACAACUCUAAACAUGAUUUCUGGAGGUGUAGCAGUGACUGCUGGGGAGGUGCUGCUCAGGGGCCGGGAUGGAGCCCCACUGUGCCCGGGGGCCCUGGGCUGGUGCCCACAGCAGGACCCGCUCUGGCCACACCUGACGGUGCUGCAGCACCUGGAGGCCUUCGCUGCCGUCAGAGGGAUGAGGGACGAAGAUGCUGCUCUUGCCAUCAGCUGCUUAGGAAGGGCUUUGGAUCUCCUGAAGCAUUUCAAGACCCCAGCAAGGAGUUUAUCUGCUGGAGAAGCCAGAAAGCUAUCAUUUGCUCUGAGCAUCCUGGGAGAGCCGACAGUGAUGCUUUGGGAUGAGCCCUCGGUGAGCGUGGACCCCAAAGGGCAGCGCCGCGUGCGGAGGAUGAUCCAGGACUCCAUGAGGAGCAAGGAGAGGGCAGCCAUCCUGUGCACGCAGUCCCUGGAGGAGGCGGCGGCGAUGUGUGACCGCGUGGCCAUCCUGCUGGCCGGCCGGCUCCGGUACAUCGGUUCCCCUGAGGAUCUCAAAAGUAAGUUUGGCACAAGUUACCACCUAGAACUCAAAAUGACAGAUGUGGGGCAAAGCGAAGCUCUCCACUCCGAAAUCCUGAACCUCUUCCCUCGCGCAGCUCGGCAGGAAAGGACUUCUUCCUUGCUCACCUACAGGAUUCCAGUGGCAGAUGCACUACCUCUGUCCAGGUCUUUCUCCAGGCUAGAAGCAGCUAAACGGAAUUUCAAGCUUGAGGAGUACAGCUUGUCACUGAACACUUUGCACCAGGUGUUUGUAGACCUCACCAGGGAUGCAGAAGAGCACGACCUGGAGGUGGCAUCCAACGGGGCUGUGGAGCAGAGACCCCUUCACCCCUGAGUCUUGGAGCCACGGUGGGAAAUAUCCCAUGGAUUUCAUCAGUGUUUCUGGAUUUCAUCAGUGGCACUGAGAGCUGUGACCAGCUGCAGCCCCAGCGCUCCGCUAGCCACGCGCAGCCCCGCAGGCACUGCGCCUCACAGAGAAAUAAAGAGUUGUUAUUUUAAUAAAUAAAGCCUUUAUCCUUUGACA